UUGAAACCUUUUAAUGAUCCUAAACAAUUUGCAUACAAACAUGGUAGAAGUACCUUGGAUGCUGCGGUUGUCUUAUAUCACAAUGUUGUCUCUUGUUUAGACAAAGGUGCUAAAUAUGUUCGUAGUGCUUUCUUAGACUACACAUCUGCUUUUGACUCUGUACCUAGGGGCCUUUUAUUAAAUAAGCUAUCGUUGACACAAACAGGAUCCUGGGCUAAGAGUUGGUUGCAUUCCUAUUUUUCUGAUAGAAUGCAGUAUACUGUAUAUAACGGCAAAUCUUCUUCUACCUCGCUUACAAAAUCCGGUGUUCCACAAGGUGCUGUCCUCUCUCCUUUUCUUUUUUCUUUCUUCCUACAUGACCUACCUCAUUCAAACGAAACUAACUUUGUCAAAUAUGCAGAUGAUCUGACUGUAUCACUGCCUAUCACUUCCGAGUCUGACAGCUCCAAACUUAAUAGCUUUCUGUUGGACAUCAACAACUGGUCCAAGUCAAAUGGUCUUAUAUUAAAUCCUUCCAAAUGUCAGGCGCUUGACUUUACUUUCAAGCAUCGACGUGACUUACUUGAACUAGUUAACUCGCAUGAUCCCUGUAGCAUAGAUGGCACGGAAAUUGAAACCAAAUCAAGCAUUAAAUACCUUGGAUUAGUUUUUUCCUCUGACCUUUCAUGGUCAUCCCAUAUCUUAUCUAUCUCUAAGAAAAUGUUUCGUCUUACCUUCUACAUUAAAAAGUUAAGACAAUCAGGUAUCAACCAACCUUUAGUUUUGCAAUUUUUAAACUCCUGUAUUUUACCUAUUGUACUCUACUGCUCUCCAUUAAUCUUUCCUGGGCUGCUCAAAAAAGAUUAUAUCAUAUUACGAAGAGUAUUAAAUGCUGUGAGUAGAGCUUGUGGUCUGCCACUGCAUGAGCUCGCUAAUACUAUAGUCGAGAGGCAUAUAAAUUCCUGUACGAAAUGGGCAAAGGCUAUAAUGUCAGACCCUCUGCACCCCCUUUAUUCACACCUGUCCCCUUGUAUCUCAUCAGGUAGGACGAGAAGUCAAUAUAAAAAGAUAUAUGCUCGUACUACUAAGUAUAGAAAUUCUACAAUACCCUAUUUAGCGCGUACUUUAUGUGACGAAGACUCUGUUAGACGUGAAACUUACAAGUUACUAUGUAAUUAGCACAGUGAAUCGACCCUUUUAUCGUUCAUCUUUCUGUAUUUUAUGGUGUCACACUUUCUAUCGUUUAAAUCGUUACUCUGCUAUUUUAUUUUAGUUGGUAUUACUAUUAUUACUACAAUUUUGUACUUUAUACAUAUUUUUCUCCGUAUGGCACACAGUAUUUUGCUACGUAGCUGCUA